ACCAAAAGCUUCCAGAGAAAUAUUUGCUUGAUAAUAUUUAAAUGUUUAUCUAAUGAUUUUCUUAUUCAAAUGAAUCUUUUCCCACAAAUUAACAUUCGAUGUAUCGAUUAUUUUCUUUGUAUGCCAACAACAACAUGUCGAUAAUGCAAUUUUAGUUUAAAAUUGUGUUCAUCUUUUUUUGUUUAUGUUAGCUGAAAGCUACUUUAAAUUUUAUUAUUACCAAAGUUACUUAAACCUGAACUAUCUACAUUAGUCAUGACGGAAUUAAAUGUAGACUUACAAAAUAAAUGUAAUGUGGGAGACGAAGCUGAUGUUGAAAAGGACGAAGAUUUGGUUACUCCGUGGGAUGUAGUCAGUAAAUCAGAAACCGGUGUUGACUAUGAAAAAUUGAUUAGUCGAUUUGGAUGUAGUCGUAUUGAUAGUGACUUGAUUGCCAGAAUGGCAAAGCUGAUAAAUGGUCCUGUUCAUCAUUUGUUGAAAAGGCAAAUUUUCUUCUCUCAUCGUGAUUUAAACAAAAUACUUGAUCGUUAUGAGCAAGGGAAGCCUUUUUUUCUCUAUACUGGUCGAGGUCCAUCAUCCAAAGCCCUCCAUCUCGGUCAUUUAAUUCCCUUCAUGUUCACUAAAUGGCUUCAAGGAACUUUCAAUGUUCCUUUAGUUAUUCAGCUAACUGACGACGAAAAAUAUUUCUGGAAAAAUAUACCUUUAGAAGAAACAAUUGAACUUGCUCGUGAAAAUGCAAAAGACAUAAUAGCAUGUGGAUUCGACAUUAAGAAAACAUUCAUAUUCAACAAUUGGAACUUCGUAGGUUCGUGUCCAUCCUUUUACCAGAAUAUUGGCAGAAUUCUCAGAUUAGUUAAUAAUAACCAAGUCAGAUCAAUAUUUGGUAUUGGCAAAGACGCCGAUUGCAUCGGAAAAACCUUUUUCCCAGCUUGUCAAGCAGCCCCAUCUUUCUCCUCGUCAUUUCCAUUUAUUUUUGAUGGAAAAAAAGAUGUCCCAUGUCUAAUUCCUUGUGCUAUCGAUCAAGAUCCUUAUUUUCGAUUGACUCGUGAUGUUGCUCCUCGUUUAGGUUUCCCUAAACCUUCUUUAAUUCAUUCAUCGUUCUUCCCUGCACUUCAAGGAGUAAAGAGUAAAAUGAGUGCUUCAGAGACAAAUAGUGCAAUAUUUUUAACGGAUACACCAAAGCAAAUUAAGGACAAGAUAAAUAAAUAUGCCUUUUCCGGAGGUGGAACUACUGUUGAAGAGCAUCAAGCCAAAGGAGGAAAUUGUGAUAUCGAUAUUUCUUACCAAUAUCUUACAUUUUUCUUAGAUGAUGAUGAAAAACUGGAAGAAAUACGAAAAUCUUAUUCUGCUGGGACAUUAUUGACUGGACACUUGAAAAAAGAAUUAAUCACAAUCCUUCAAAAACUAGUUGCUGAACACCAAGAGAGAAGGAAACAAGUCACUGAUGAAAUGCUCGAUGAAUUUAUGAAGCUUCGAAAACUUGACUUCUAAUUCUUCAUCCUAUGGUUUAUCGGAAAAUUUUUAAUUAUUGAUUCAAAUUUUGGUAUAACUGCACACUGACUUAUUGUAGGUUUACCUACAAGAUCAACCGUUUUUCAGUACAUUUUAUAUCUAAAUCAAUCAACUCAAUUAUAAAAUCACAACUGAAAUGCAUA